GAAAAUAUCCGCGCCUAUUCUCCCAUGUUAUUAUCUCUGGACUAACAGAAAUAUAUUAAAUAGUUUGAACGUUUUUUUAAAAUUAAAAAUGGAACCUGGAUUUGAUGAUGCUGGUAUUUUUUACAGUGAUAAUUUUGGACCAGAUGACCAGACGGACGAAUCUCAAAUUGAUAGACAGCAGAUAAAACGCCGUUUGAAGCAAUUUAUUCGUGAAUUUCAUGAAGGAAAUUUCUCUUACCGCUAUCGGUAAGUCAAAAGCACAGCUACCGAUUAUUGGGCGUAGGCCCUAUUAGCUAAUGCUAUUCAUAUGAAAAGUUCUCAUGCUUCAAUUAUUCUGAAACUAGGGUCUGCUGAUACUCAGACAGAGACUACAUACUACAUUGUACGACCAUACUCAGUAUUAUCCAGGGUUAGCAGUCAAUCUAUGUCAGUCUUAGUAUUCAUACUCAAUUGAUUAUUGGACCCCGCUGUUCUUCAACCACCUAAUUACUAAUUAGGCAUAGUAUACUUAACCUAUUUAAGGCACCCCUAUUUAAUUUAGAAUGCCUUCUGAUUCUGUUUCACUUUCACUGCUACUUCUGCUAAACCCCAGGAUCAACAGGCACCACACUCCACAGCUGUGCUCUGUUACUGUUGGUGUUACAGUAGUACCUGUUCAAAAAGAUAUUCGUGGGACCCAUUUUCUGUUCAAUUAGGGGGCCCUGAAGUCCUCAACUUUACCACACAAACAUUAUUAUCAAUACAGCCUAUUACUAUUAGUGAGACAUUUAACUUUUAUGAAUAGAUAGUAGUUAAAGUGUUAACUCAGUAGUCUGGACUAGUUGUGAAAUGCCUAGGCCUACCCACAACAAUUAUUACUUCACACUAAUUUUGAACAAUUUUAUAACCUGGUACAGAGCACUCUUCUUUCAAGUUUCUGAUUUUAUUAUGGCAGUGUCUACACGCCCGGCACGCCGUAAUUAUGUCUCCCGCACUAUCUGUCCGGCGACCAAGUCACAUGACCGCCGGAAGAAUACGUUAUCGAGAUAUUCGUCUGGCCACCAAGUCACAUGACCGCCAUAGCAAAGUGGCUCGAGAUAUUUGCCCGUCAGCCUUGUCACGUGACUGCGAAUGAUUCAAAACUAUUGUUAAUUUUCUUGUUUUAUUGUUAUUUCUCUACCAAGUAAUUUACUAAGUAUCUUGCAAACAAUAGAAUAAACCCUACAUAAUAAAUAUAGGGCCGAUAUAUUGGUAGCCUAGCCUACUUCUUAUGCAAUACUAAAUACUAAUCCUGAAAUACAACUUUAUUGAUAAAGGACCAUAGGAAUAUUGAAGUCUACUGGUCUUAUUCUAUUUGGUUCAUAUUUUAAAUUUGGAAAGUUGGAAAUAAUUUUGCCCGUGUUGCCCUUAAACGAUUGCGGAGUCUUGCGAACCGCAUCUACCCAGAGUCCCAGUGUGGCUUCAGGAGUGGGCGCUCAACAAUAGACAUGAUAUUUUCGAUACGCCAAAUGCAGGAGAAAUGUCACGAACAGCAUAUGUCUCUUUAUAUUGCCUUCAUAGAUCUGACCAAGGCAUUUGACUUGGUAAGUCGAAGAGGCAUUUUCCUUAUCUUGCAAAGAAUAGGUUGUCCCCCACGACUGCUCACAAUAAUACAGUCAUUUCACUAAAACAUGCACAGCACGGUCACUUUCAAUGGAACUGUCUCUGAGUCAUUCCCAGUUAGCAGCGGAGUAAAACAGGGUUGUGUACUGGCACCAACGCUCUUUUCAAUUUUCUUUUCGAUGCUUCUUCAAUUUGCCUUCAGGGACUGUGAAGAGGGAGUGUUCGUCCAUACUAGAUCUGAUGGUAGGCUGUUCAAUAUCGCCCGCCUUCGUGCAAAGACCAAAGUAAAAAAGGUGCUGAUUCGUAAACUGCUGUUCGCUGACGACGCCGCCUUAACAUAUCACACAGAAGAAGGUCUGCAUGGGGCUGGUUAAUUGCCUAUAACAUGCUUAUAAAGAGUUUGGACUUUUGAUUAGUCCACAGAAAACUCAUGUAAUGAUGCAAGAAGCACCGUCUCCUCCAAUCAUAUCUAUUGAGGGUCAUAAUCUUUCGGUUGUUGAUCAUUUCAUAUACCUGGGAUCCAAUAUUUCUAGUUCUCUCUCCGUUGAUGAAGAAAUAAAUAUCAGGAUAAGCAGCAGCAACUAUGGCUAAACUGAAUAAGCGGGUGUGGAAUAAUCUCAAUCUAACUGAAAAAACAAAAAUAAGUGUCUAUCAGGCAUGCGUGCUUAGCACGGUCCUAUAUGGUAGCAAAGUGUGGACCACAUAUACCAGUCAAGAGCGGAAACUCAACAGCUUCCAUCAAAGAUGUCUGCGUCGCAUUUUGCGCAUUCGUUGGCAGGACAGGGUGCCUAACGUGGUGGUUUUGGAACGUGCACACAAUUCACACGUUUAGCAUAUUCUCCUUUCUUAUCAAGAGACGCCUUCGCUGGUUAGGUCAUGUACGGAGAGUGUAGGAAGGACGUAUCCCAAAGAUACUGCUGUAUGGAGAGUUGGCAGAGGGGACAAGACAUAUUGGACGACCGCGCCUGAGAUUUAUUGACGUUUGCAAACGAAGCAUGAGGGAAGCCAAUAUUGAAACAAACGAAUGGGAGUUCAUUACCGAACAUCGCUCCAACUGGAGAACAGCAGUGUUUGAAGGAGUAAAAAAGGCAGAAGAUACUCGAAAGGAGGCCCUUGAAUCAAAAAGAACAAUUCGGAAAUCAAGAAUUUACCGGGAUUCAAUAUUCUCCUGCGAGAGAUGCAGCCGUGAUUGCCAUUCUAGGAUUGGCCUAGUGAGCCACUCGUCAAAGUGUAGAACUAUAUAGCUACUCCAUCGUCUCACAAAGACGGAAGGAUGCCAAUUUAUAUUAUAUUUUAAAUUUAGGCUUCAACCAAGCUAGAGCUUUACUUUACAAGAUCUUUAAGCAAGAUAAGGGAGUUUUUUCUUUGAAGAGUCGGAAGCAAAUAGACUAGUAAUAGUAGUAGUAAUAGUACUACUAGUUAGUAUAUAGGCCAACUAGUUUAAUAUUUAAAUAUUCAGCUGACUAAUAUAUGUACACAAUAUUGGAAUAUCAAAUGCAAUGCAACUAUUUUUGCCGGCGACCACUUGUUACAUGACAUGUCUACCGCCGAAAUAAUAUCUUCCACUAGUCGUCCGGCGGUCACGUGACAUGCCUGCCGGAUGUAUAUCUCCAGCACUAUUUGUCCGCGUGCCGGACGUGUAGACACUUCGUUUUAUUAAAUUGAGGUGUACCUUGCUCAAGCUUUAUAACUGGCAAGAAACUUACAACUUAGUGUACCUUGUACUUGUAGCCUAGGCCUAGGCCAAAUUUACCCGUAAUUGUUUUGUCUACUAUUAGUAUUUGACUAGUUUAAGUUAACAUCACAAAUUUAUGUCUAGUAUAUGUAGGCCUAAGUCUUUUAUUUAUUUUUUUUUACCAAUUAGCCAAGUAGCUUAGUCUAAUAGAAAGACUUUACUCAAUUAUGUACUUAACACUUUAAAUAAUCAUGGCCAAUGUUGGUUAGGGAUGCGUCAUAAGCUUAAUACACGAUGGGUACAGUACAGCUCAAUGUUACCUUCCACCAAUUGAUCAUAGCGUAAAUUAGGAUGACCGUAAAAAGUUAAUUGUAUCCCUAAGACGAUAAUAACCUUAAACUUAACUGCAAAUUGUAAUUUAAUAGACAUUUUUAUAUAUAUUUUUACAAUAAAUUGUAAUCUAUGCCAUACAAUUAUUGCACAUGCGCAUAAAAAAUAGGGCCCUAAUUUACAGUUGACACAAGAGUCAAUUCACUAUAACCAGUCACUUUGACUUUGUAAUAAGCCACAAAACAUAGACUAAACUCUUAAAUUAAGUUAGCUUGUAGUUGCUAGAAUUAUUUAUUUAUUAACCAUCAGUUUAAAUUGUAUUUCAGUGACCAGUUGAAGCGACAUUACAAUCUUAAACAGUAUUGGUUGGAGGUAGACCUUGACGAUGUUGGCAGUUAUGAUGAAAAUUUAGCUGAGAAAUUACUCAAGCAACCUUCUGAACACCUACCUUUGGUAUUAAAUUUUUUGUUGUUGUGCUUUUUUGUAAUUUCAAGUCAUUGAUUAAAGCAAUUUGAUCAAUUAAAAUAUCUUUGAAAAUUGUAAAAUAUAUAUUUCAAUCCUAAUUAUUUGAAUAGUGUCAUGUUAUUUCAAUGCAGUGUUUAAAAAAAAUAUUGAUUAGGACAAGAUGGUGAUGGUUUUUAACCUUUACAGCAAAACAAAAAUGACAUUAACAUCACACCCUUUCAAACCAUGAUCAAUGAUUGGCACUGAGAAAUAAUGAUAGAAUAAUUAUUUUAAAAAAUGUCCUUAUCAUGGACAUAGAUUAUCCUGAUGAGACCAUUACACAUUAAGAUAAAUAUAUUUACAUAUUUCAUAUAUAAAAAAUUCUUUGACCUACUGUAUGUUAGAGGAAUUUUAAAAAAAAUGCUUUGAUUUCCAUGUUUAAAAAAAAGUUUAUUUCCCAUGUUUAAAUACAUUUUUAUUAAUUGUAUUUUUCAAGUUUGAGGAUGCUGCCAAAGAGGUAGCUGAUGAGAUCACCAGGCCUCGUCCAGAGGGAGAAGAAGAGGUUGAAGACAUUCAAGUCAUGUUGACUUCAGCUUCCAAUGCUUGUGGUAUCAGAGCUCUAAAGGUAAUGCCAUUUAUGUUUAAAAGUUGAAAUAUUUUUGUUUACCUUUAUAUAUGAUAAUACGAUGCAUAGUUUUGAAAUAAGUUUUAUUUCAACUAAUGUAUCUGUAUGACUUUUGUAAACUAAAAUUCAAUUGUAAGGAAAUGUUUGAAAAGUUUAAUUUCUGUUAAAUAUUAAACAAAUCUUUUAACCAUGUUGUUUUAUUAACUUUUAAAAUUCAUUACCUUUUUUUUAAAAAUUUAACAGAAUUAUUUCUUGUCGUCGAAUACAUGAUAAUUAUAGUUUUAACUCUUAAUUCUUGAACAGUCAGAUCAGAUGUCUCGUUUGGUAAAAAUACCAGGGAUUGUCAUUGCUGCGUCAGGAAUAAGAUCAAAAGCCAUUCGUCUGGCGAUCCAAUGCAGGAGUUGCUCUAAUGUCAUAAAUAACAUUCAAGUUAAGCCUGGACUUGAGGGUUAUGCAUUACCUCGGAAAUGCAAUACGUAAGAAUUAAGUUAUUAUAACAAUAGUUCCUUUUUCCCCCUCACUCUUUACUUCACCAUUGGAUCUACUGUUAAAAUUUUUUUGACCCUAAAUGUUUAAUAACUCGUUUUCAUAAUAACCAUUUGCAGAGAGCAAGCUGGGAGACCUAAAUGUCCUGUGGAUCCUUUUUUCAUCAUCCCUGACAAAUGCCGCUGUGUGGAUUUCCAGACCUUAAAGCUUCAAGAGGCACCUGAAGAUGUCCCCAAUGGUGAGCUGCCAAGGCAUUUGCAGCUUUACUGUGAUAGGUUUGCACCCUUUCUUGCUACACAUACUUAAAUAUUUGUUUAAAUGAAAGAAAUAACUUAGUAACAUAAUUAAAAGAAAUCAGACUCUCAUGAAGGUAUGUGUUACUUCUUAACCAAUAACAGACUCGCUACAUCUGACAAGAAGAAAAGCUCUUUAUUUGUAUUUACUGUUAAAGAUUUCUUAAAUCCUUAUGUUUUCUAAUAAAAUUGUACCUAUAGGUUAUUAAAUAAUAAUAAUUAUGUUAUAUUUGUUUAAUAUUUAAGUACAUUAAGUGAUAGAAAUAUUUUUAUAAAAAUUUAGUCACAUCUCUAUUUACGUUUUCUUAUGUAUUCUUCCACAAAGAAUGUGAAAUGGUGAACAUGCUCUAUAGUCAUGUUGUUCUCAUCUUUUCCCCAGGUAUUUGUGUGAUCGCAUUGUACCUGGCAACAGAGUUACAAUUAUGGGCAUUUAUUCUAUUAAAAGGAGUAGCAAUACCUCACGAGUAAGUUGUUGACAAAAACAUGCCUUAAGAUUUUUGUACAGCUUAUAUUUUUUCUUUCACAUUUGUAGAAACAUUUUUAUAAGCUUCGCAAUCACUACUAUAUCUCAUACUUAUCUGAUUUCAGAGAGGCACCAGGGAUAAAGUCAAUGUUGGCAUUCGACAACCCUACUUUCGAAUAGUUGGUGUUAAAAUUGACACCGAUGGCACUGGUAGAACGGCGAGUAAUCCUGUGACACCAGCUGAAGAAGAAGACUUUCGUCGACUCUCUGCCUCUCCAAACAUUUAUGAAACAAUUGCUAAAAGCAUUGCACCAUCAAUUUAUGGCAGCUUGGAUAUGAAAAAAGCUAUUGCUUGCUUGCUCUUUGGGGGCUCAAGAAAAAGGUACACUACGUCUUUUUUCUUCUUCAAGCUUUCAUAUUAAAAUAUUGUGAUGUCAUAAAAACAACCCCCACCACCACCCAACACAUAAUGGAUGAUUUAUAAAAACAAAAUUAACAUUUUUUUGUAUUAAUUAAAACUGAUUUAAGAUUUUUAUCAUUUGAAGACUGCCUGACGGGCUGACAAGAAGAGGUGACAUUAACUUGCUGAUGCUUGGUGAUCCCGGUACAGCCAAAUCCCAGCUGCUCAAGUUUGUAGAGCGUUGCUCACCAAUUGGUGUAAGUUCACGAGAUUUCACAUUUCCUUUAUUUAAUUUAUGGUGAAAAAGUAACUCGUCAUUAAUAUUUUAAAAGAAAUAAUAAAUAAGUAUAAUUUUUUUAAACCUAGUAUUACAUGCUAAACUGACAAAAUCAGUUAUCUUUAAUUUUAAAAUUACAUUUGGAAAUCAGAUAUAUACAUCUGGGAAAGGAAGCAGUGCUGCAGGAUUAACAGCUUCCGUAAUUCGAGAUCCAUCAUCUGUAAGUUAUUCUAAUACUAAUAUAAUUAGCGGUACUUUAUUAAAUUUAAAUUUAAUUUUUUCUAGAAAUAAUUACUUUUUAAAAAUAUUUUUAAUGCAUUUUAUAUGCAUCAUGCAAUAUGAAGGUAUCUCUAAUGUACCUUAUCUUCUUCAGUCUAAUUUUACAAAUUGUUGUUUUGGUUACCAUAUACAAACCUGUUUACUGGUACGAUUUAGGCGUACAAUGUAUGAUUUUGAGGCGUAUACGUUAUAUAUAAUGUAUGUUUAUUUUUUUACUGUUAAGAAAAUCUAUUGAACGAUUUUGUUAUGAUAUUGUACGAUUUUAAGAGUUUGGGGGUAAACAGGUCUGCAUAUACGUUGGUUCAUUAUCAGUUGCCAUUUACAUUUGGUACAGUAAAUAAAAAAAAAAAAUCAUUUUAAAUUAGCACAUGGAGCUAUAAUUUGGCCAAGCUAUCACAUCACUGUUAAGGAAUUUAAAUUUAAAAAAAAAAUAAAAUAGCUCUUAAACAAUAUUUUUUAACUUUUAUUUGCUCUAGAGAGGUUUUGUUAUGGAAGGAGGAGCAAUGGUGCUUGCUGAUGGGGGUGUGGUCUGCAUUGACGAAUUUGAUAAAAUGAGAGAGGAUGAUAGAGUAGCCAUCCAUGAAGCAAUGGAGCAGCAGACAAUUUCUAUUGCAAAGGUGAGUAAAAAGCUGGAAUAUGGCAUAAUAGAGGAAAGAUCAAGUAAAAAAGAGCUUGAUUAAAAUGAUACGUGUGCUACAAUCUAGAAUAAAUAACUUGUCUUGGUGAUGAUGAGCUUGUCUAUAGAGAUCACCAUUUUAAAACGUAAUUAUUAUGUUCAUAUGUCAAUAUCACCAUGUUCAUAACUUAUUUUAGCCAUGAUCUUGUUAAAAUAUUCACAGGCUGGCAUCACUACCACCCUAAAUUCUCGUUGCUCAGUUUUGGCUGCUGCCAAUUCAGUAUUUGGUCGUUGGGAUGACACUAAAGGAGGGGAGAACAUAGAUUUUAUGCCAACAAUUCUUUCCCGUUUUGACAUGAUUUUUAUUGUGAAAGACCACCAUGAUGAGGCCAGAGAUAUGGUAAAAAAACCAAAAACAUUUAGAGUAUUUUCAUUAUUAAUUAAACUAUUGUCACUGUUUAUGUAAUGUUAAUAAGUUAUUUUAAUUAUGUAAGUUAUUUUUACUCAUGUAGUAAGGUUCUUGUCCUAUUGCCGUCUGGUAAAGAAAUUUAGCAGCAAGAGAUUUUUUUUUUAAUAUUUAAAAAGUUUCUGCCCUACUUUCAGUGUGAGGUUAAUUGCAAUGGUUGUCAUUUUAAACAAAAGUUUUUAAAUUUUUUUAAUACUUUUCUUAAAAAACUUACCUUAGUUUUUUUAAUUCCCCCCCCCCCCCUUCCUCCUCUUCAUAUAAAUGUUACUGAUAAAUUUAAAAUAUAUUUAAUUGCAUUAAAUUUAAAAACUCUACCCUGAUUGUUUCUAAUGUUGCUUUUCCUGUAGACAUUGGCUAAGCAUGUAAUGAACGUCCAUCUGAAUGCCCUUCAAAACACAGAAGAAGCAAGAGAGGGUGAAAUCCCUCUUAAUACUUUAAAAAAAUACAUUGCAUACUGUAGAAAGUAAGUUGGCUAUCUUUUGGAUGAAUUUAUUGUUAUUUUUUUAACAAUUUUUAUUAUUUUUUUAAUAAAAAAUUGUCAUCUAUUUUUUUAAGUACGGUACUUACAUAGUAGUAUUGAAAAAUUUGAAGCAUAUAUUUAUAUUGGAUGUGUUUUACAGCAAGUGUGGUCCCCGCUUAUCGGAGGAAGCUGCGGAAAAACUAAAGAAUCGAUAUGUCCUGAUGAGAAAUAGUGCCAGUGACUAUGAGAGAGAGACUGGCAAGAAAAUCAGCAUUCCUAUAACAGUGAGGUUGGUCUCGAGCUUGUCUUAUUUUAGCCAUUAUUAAGAAAGGGAUGACGCUUAGGGAGUUUUCAUUUAUUAGACCAAUUAUUGGCUAUUUUGUUUUUAUAUACAACUGGGCUAAAAGUAACAAUGUUUUUUUAUUUUAAUUUCAAUUGCAUUCACUUUCAGGCAGUUGGAAGCUAUAAUCCGCAUUGCAGAAUCUCAAGCAAAAAUGAGACUUUGCCCAUUCGCCUCUGAUGCAGAUAUAGAUGAAGCACUGCGACUCUUCCAGGUGUCAACUUUGGAUGCUGCAACAUCUGGCAAUUUGGCUGGUUAGUAUUUUCUUUAUUUAUUAGAAGGUAAAAAUGUAAGUUAUUUUGGUCUUUAACGCUUCCAGUGCAUCUUUUUGCAGUGACCUACUUUUUUUUCCCUGUGGCCCAAGUGCGUCUUUUCACUAGCCGAUUUUUUUUCCCCUGUGACCCAAGCGCAUCUAUUUGCCACACAGAGGGUUAUCUAAUAUAAACACAAAAACGAGGAAAUAACCUUUCACCCCAGUCUUGGGCAGAAUGUUUAUUCGUUAGGGGAAUAGUAGAAUUUUAUUUUGCCUUUUAAAUCAUGAAAAUCGACCAAUUACUGAGUUUUUGUGCGGAUCUGCAUUUGUUGUUUCCAUGUGUGUUGUUGUUGAUGAAGACUUGCGCCCACUUGAUGAAACCUUUUGUUCUGAAAUUAUUAUUGAACUUUUAUUGGGAUUAGAUGAUUCUGAUGAGGAAGAGAGGGGCGAAAUUCCUGAAGGAAGUAGAUCUACUAUAGCUCAACAUCAACGCCUACAGGAGCCUGUAGGUUUGACAGGUUUUAGACCUAGUGCCAAUGUAGUUUUUUUUUUUUUUUGGAUAAAGAUCGACUGGAGGGGUGAAACAAAGAGGCCCCAUAACUCCUAAAACUCCCUAUAUCCACGAGCCAAUGAAAAGUGUGAACGCCCUUAUCCGUUUCUGAACCGAUAAUUCUCUACAUGUUGUUAUCAAUUGUUUAAAACAAAAGUUUCAAAAAAUGUGCAAACCUAUCAAAUUUUUGCUCAUUCCAAAAUAAUGUCUGGGUCACAGGGAAUAAUUAGCAAAAUAAUAGCCGAUACUGAGGCUAUACAUAGCAAAAAAUUAGGUUGGUACUAGAAGGGUUAAUUAAAUGUUGGAUGUGUCUUGGAAUAGUUGAUUUCUUUAGAUCAUCAAUAAAAAACAAUUGUACUUGUCAUUAGGAGCUGAAGGAUUCACCACAGAGGAGGAUCAAGAGCUUUUGAGCAGAAUUGAAAAACAGAUAAAGAGGAGAUUCGUUAUUGGUUCGCAGGUUUCAGAACAUGCUAUUAUUCAGGACUUUGCCAGACAGGUAAAAUAGCGUGCAUAGAACUAGUUUUCUUUAUUCUUCUAUUAGCUUCAUCUGUCAUAAGUGACAUGCAAGUGUUAAAGAAAUCCAAUACUACAGUUUAAUUAACAUAUUGAAUUUCAAAACAUUCUUUGUUCUGCUGCCAAGAGCAUAGAAUUGUUUGAACAUUUUAAGGGACCAAGUAAUUUUAGCUUUGAAAGCUUUAGCUGUGUCAAAGUGUAAUCAAUCUUUAAUGACAGUUUUUUUACCAUCAUUAAUGGAUCGAAAUCAACUACUACAUAUGGUCAUUUUUUACAGAAAUAUCCAGAAAGAGCUAUUCACAAAGUCCUCUCAUUGCUUCUUCGUAGAGGAGAGAUACAACACCGCAUGCAGAGAAAAUUGCUUUUCAGAGUCAAGUGAAAGAUAAUGCAAAUACUAUUUCAUUGUUGGCUAUGGCUGUUUAUGUACAAACACUCCAAUUGGGUUGAUAUUUAGCAUACAUUUUAUGGCUAGCAAAAAAUGUGGAAAUUUGUCAUUUUUAUCACAUACAAGUCAUUUAUGCUGGCUUAGUUCUUUAAAAAAAUAUUACUUUAAUACUUAAUGCACUACUGAUUUAAUUCCCUCAAGGGAUGAGUUAAGAGUACCAUUCAGACUUUGAUUUACAGAAAACAAAACUGGUCUAAUCUUAAAUCCUUGAUAUAUUUUAAGUUUACGGCUUAUUGGUUAUAUUUUGGUAUCAUUUAUAUUGUGUAUUAGUAAUGCCAAAUUGUUUACAAGUUUGUAUAGUAUAAAUAUUGUUAUAAUACUUUUUGUUUAUAUCAUGUUUCAAAUGCAAAUUUUUCAUAACCAAUAAAAGUUAG